AUCACUUGCGGCCGUUUCAACUUUUGCGCAACACUCCACAUCAACAACAAAAGCAAUGGUAUUACAAAGGUGAACACCACGGAGCAUGGCCCCGAGGAACCGGGUGUCGCUCUGGACAGCUCGAGUGAUUCCCGUUCUCCUGGUCCUCAUCGUCGGAUACGCAUCAUACGUGAUCGUCGGACGACUCUGCAUCAACUAUCUGCUUAACCCACCAAGAAGCAAACCAAGACGACUCACCAGCGGGAUCGUGAUCCUAGCUGUAUACUUUGUUCUUCUCAUACCAGUUGCGACAUCAUGGUUACGACUACUUCUAGCUGUGGCGAUUUCGCCAGGCUAUGUACCACAAGGCAGAGAUGAUCAGCAACGGCCAACGAUCGUGGAGCCUCAGCCUGGAUUGGAAGCUUUCUGGAUGCGAGAUGUCUUCGUCUGCGAUUAUACUGGUAUGCCGAUCUGGUGCGAUUAUUGCAAGAAUUGGAAACCGGACCGAACGCAUCAUAAUCAAGAUGUUGGACGAUGCACGCGAAAGAUGGACCACUUCUGUCCUUGGGUGGGAGGAGUUGUUGGCGAGAGGUCAUUCAACUUCUUUGUUCAGUUUCUAUUUUACACGAUGAUCUUUACGGGCUUUUGUACUGGGGUUCUGGGGUACUAUGUUGCCCAGUGGAAGGAGGAUGUUCACUGGUUCGUGGCUUUGGGUCUGGCUGGGUUCUUCUUACUAUUCACCACUGGCAUGGUUCUGAACAGUAUGAACAUGGCCUUCAAGAAUAUUACUACGGUCGAGAGUAUCCGCGGCAGAAUGUACCUGGCUGUCAUCUUACCUCCGGAGAUGCAAAAAGAUCCUCUGGCGCCACCUCCUCCAGCACGACUUUCGCAAUCGCAAGCCGACCGCAUGAGCGACGAGGGCAGCGAACGACCUCUCACAUCCGAACUAGACGAUCCAGCACACAUGAACUACUUCCAACGCCAAAACCGCCGCCCAUCAGCCGCAAAACGCCAAUCCGUCUCACAUUCACCUCCUGCUCCGCCUCUCCAACUACCACCCUCAAAACUCUUCAAAGGCACAAUCACCUACCCUCUCCAACUUCCCACCAACAGACCCCCCAUCCCCGCUCCAGAGCCCCGAACCUUCGCAAUCCUCGAAACACCUCGCGGCCUCAACCCCUGGGAUCUCGGCAGCACAUAUCAAAAUUUCCUCGCAGUAUUCGGCAAAUCUCCACUCGACUGGUUCCUCCCGAUCGAACACUCCCCCUGCUGCGACCACACUUCUCGAAUCUCCGAAUAUCCUCUAGGACCUGAGUUUGAAGUCUUACUCUCAGACGCUGGCCUCGUUCGCCCGGCAACGACUACUUCUGGCUCUCAGCACAAGCGAGAAAGGAACCGGGAUCGCCGAGGGAGCAGCGUGGCACGAAGUCGCAGUCGGAGGCGGAAACGGAGAUUGGAUCCAGGAUGGCAGCAUGGUGAGAGGCCGGAUGGGUGGGUGAGUGAGAAGGAGGCGAGGAGGAUUCGGAAUGAGUGGCGGAGGAGAGUAGAUCAGGCAGACAAAUUGCCGAUGGGAGGAGGGAGAGCAAUGCGUGGGAGGGAGGAUGUGGCUGAUGUGCAUUGAGCAACAUAGCAUGAGAAAUCAAUCAUUGUUAUACAGCUCUCACUGCCGUUUUCACACGUUUCCAAAAACUUGCAAUGCAGGGUGGAGGAGUGGUCGCACAACACGAGGCGCUGUGUGCCUGCACAAACACAGAAAGGAAUGGAUA